ACGAACGCCACACGCCGAAGGGUCGUCCGUUGCAUCCGGAAGGAGAUGCUACUCUGAAACCCGAUCGAGGCUUGUAACUCGUCGCUGCGAUGGCUACGUGGCCGCAAUGGUUGCUGCUAACUUACCUGGGCAUCUGCGCGGCAUGGAUGGACGAGAGGCCCGUGCUGGAGUCACGGGACGGAAACCUGCUCAUUUCCGCGGCGAGGGACAGGAACAUCACCCUGAAGAUUCUUGGGGAUGGUCACAUCAACGUCAACGAAGUUAAUUUGCUGCACGUCGCGUCCGCGGCGCAAAACGCGACGCGUUUGAUCGAAAGAUUGAGGACGGGAUACCUGGCCGAGAUGGAGACCAGCGUGCAAAGGCUCACGCAGAUUGUGGAAGGAGCCGAUGGCCUGGAGAGAAGAAUGGCGAUGUACGGGAAACUCGUGGAAGCGAACAGUUCGCUCCCAGCGAAUUUUAGGAAUCAGUCCGUCGCUGGAAUAAACGUAAAAGUUCGCAUGCUCACCAGUCGAUUGCGACGUUUGGAAGACAAAGUGAGAACGAUGGAGACCAAACUUAGGACGAACGAAUGCACCAGCAGACCUUGUCAGAACGGCGGUACAUGUCAGGACCUCUACGAAGGAUACCAGUGCAAUUGUCCGUCCAACUGGGAGGGACCCAAUUGCAUGACCGACGUCAACGAAUGCGUACGACUGCUGGGGACAGACCUAGGUUGCCAGAAUGGCGCUACAUGCCUGAACCUACCGGGAUCGUACAGAUGCGAUUGUGCGCCGGGAUGGCACGGUAUUCACUGUACAACGAAAACGUCGGUCUGCAACACCCAGAACUCGGAGGAACUCUGCGGACACGGGGUCUGCGUGACCAAACCUGGCUCUCCCCUCGGUUACACUUGCAUUUGUGACCAAGGUUGGCAGGCCGAUGGCACGAACCCGGCUUGCAUCAAGGACGUGGACGAAUGCGCGGCUAACCAUCGACCAUGUUCCGUGAACCCUUGGGUCGCCUGUCGGAACGCACCUGGCACAUUCUUCUGCGACGCGUGUCCUCGCGGUUACACCGGAAAUGGCUAUUACUGCACCGAUAUCGACGAGUGUUUGCUGGACAAUGGCGGCUGCAGCACAUCGCCCAGAGUGGAUUGUAUAAAUACAAUGGGUUCAAGGAUGUGCGGGACAUGUCCGACCGGCUACCGUGGCGAUGGCGUUACCUGCGACUACGUCGGUAGUUGCGCCGUCAACAAUGGCGGUUGCCACCCGUUAGCGACUUGCGUCGAGAACCCAGGACUUACCAGCGCUUACGUGAUAUGUCAAUGUCCGGCAGGUUUCACCGGACCCGGUCUCGGUCCGAAUGGUUGCCGUCGGUCAUCGAGCAACGUAUCGAUAUUGACUGCGUGCGCCAGUAAUCCUUGUAUCCAUGGCAGAUGCGUUGCCGGAAGUACUGAUGGCGCGUACAGCUGCGUCUGCGAUAAUAGAUGGAGCGGUGAGAACUGUAACGUGCUGGACCCUUGCACUCCCAAUCCUUGCAAAAAUAACGGAGUCUGCGUGAUCUCGAGCGGUGCGGCAACCUGCAGUUGUCCGUCGACGUUCACAGGCGACAGAUGCGAGACCCCGCGACAGACCUGCGGGGGCGUGUCCCGGAACCCUAUCGGUGAACUCGUGUUCCCCAUCAGCGGGAACGUUUAUCAGCACGGGCUGAGCUGCGCCUGGGUCCUCACCACGAACAGCUCGCUCGUCUUGAACGUCACCUUCACGAGGUUCAACAUCGAGCAAUCGACCGACUGCAAGUUCGAUUUCCUGCAGAUUCAUGAUGGAAGGAACGCGGGCAACCAGAUGAUAGGCCGAUUCUGCGGCAACACUUUGCCUCGUACAAACGGAAACAUCAUAUCCUCCCACAACUCCCUGUACUUCUGGUUCCACUCGGACAGCAGCAUCUCGCACGACGGAUUCGCUUUCCACUGGAACAGCAUCGAACCCGUCUGCGGCGGAAGCUUGACGGAUAAUUAUGGAACGAUCAGCUCGCCGGGCUCGCCAGGAAGAUACCCGCCCAACCGAGACUGCUAUUGGCACAUCACGGUUCAACCGUCGAAACGGAUACAGUUCCACUUUGGUCAGUUGAUGAUCGAGGAACAUCCGACCUGCGAGAAUGAUUACCUCGAGAUAACGAGCGAAGGUCACGAAAGACUGGGUCUCUACUGCAAUCACACGCGUCCACCGCCUCUCAUCGUGCCGGGCUCGGAAGCUCAGCUUCAUUUCCAUUCGGACAGCGCUGGUCAGGAUGCUGGCUUCCAGAUUCACUACUCCACCAUCGAGGGUAUACCUGGCUGCAACGGAGUAUACACCAAUUCUUUCGGCGAGAUCUCUUUACCCAAAUACAUGGAAUCGUAUCACGAGAACAUGGAGUGCGAUUGGAGGAUACAGAUGCCGGUCGGCGAACGUAUACAAAUCACCUGGUCAAAGUUCGACCUGGAGAAUUCGAUCAAUUGUCGAUUCGACUUCGUCGAGAUUUACGACGGUCCAUCCAGCGAAUCUCCGUUGCUCGGAAGAUACUGCGGCACAACGCUGCCGCCCACGUUAAGAUCGAACACGAACGUGCUGCUGAUAAUCUUCAGGUCCGACUGGACGCUGGAAAGAGAGGGCUUCAGCCUCUCGUACCACAUUCUCUGCGGCGGCCAGUUCACCGAGGAAUCCGGCACGCUCCAUUCGCCCAUGUACCCGGGAUCGUACCACAGCUCGAGGGUGUGCAUCUACGAGAUCGUGCAGCCGCCCGGCAAGAGGAUCGUGCUGAACAUGCUGGACAUGGAUAUCGAGGGCUUGUCCAGGGACGACUGCUACUUUGAUUACCUCGAGAUCUACGACGGCGACAACGAGAACACCACCAAGCUCGCGACUCUUUGCGGGGACGCCGAGGACAUGCCCACAGAUCCGUUUUACUCGACCCACAACUACAUGUUGUUGAAGUUCGUCAGCGACGCGAGCGUACAGCACCGCGGAUUCAACGCAAACUACUCGACGAUCGACAGCAGAUGCGGCGGUUUGUUGAAGUCGCCGACGGGAACGAUACAAUUUCCGACGAGCGGCGAUACGUACGAGAACGACGAGAGGUGCACCUGGACGAUCCAGGCUCCGCCAGGCCACGUAGUGCAGCUCACUUGGUUAUCGUUCAACGUGGAGUACUAUCCCCAUUGCAGAUACGAUUACGUCUCAGUUCACGAAAAUUACAUGAAGAACGACAUGAACAUGUUGGGCACUUUCUGCGGAACGAGGAAGCCGCCGAUACUGACGUCUCAGGGGAAUGUGAUGACCGUCAACUUCGUUUCGGAUGUCUCGGGAAGACGCGAAGGAUUCGUCGCGUCGUACCUCUUCUUGGACGCGUCGAAGACGUGCGGCGGCCAUUUUGUCAAACCGAACGGCGCCAUUAAGACGCCGAACUACCCACAUCCCUACCCGAGCAGAAGGGAGUGCACGUGGGUGAUAGAAGCGGCGAACAAGCACAGGGUGAUACUGACCGUGAAGGACUUCCAACUCGAGCAACAUUCCUCCUGCAGUUUCGAUUACUUGGAGAUCAGGAACGGUGGCUACGAAACUUCGCCUCUAAUCGGCAAAUACUGCGGAACGGACGUACCUACGGAGAUCACAAGUCAAACGAACCAAUUGUAUUUGAAGUUCGUCUCCGACUCGUCGAGGCAGAGAUAUGGUUUCAAUAUCGAAUGGGACAGCACCACUUCAGGUUGCGGUGGGAAUUUGAAUGGCGCCGGCGGCGACAUCGUGUCUCCGAAUUACCCGCAGCCCUACCAGGUCGCCGAUUGUUAUUGGAAGAUCGCCGUGGCGGCCGGUGGCUGGAUCCGAUUGCUAAUAGUCGACCUCGAUCUGGAACACCACGAGAAGUGCAGAUUCGAUUACAUCGAGAUAUACGAGGACAUCGAUCCCGGGAGCAAGCAGAGAUUCUGCAGCAACCCUUACCCGAAGGUUAUUCAGACGAAGUCGAACACGUUGAACGUGCGGUUCCACACCGACUACACGAAUUUCGGCCGCGGUUUCCAUCUGAAGUAUGAAACACUUUGCCAAGGAAAAUUCCACGGCUUCCACGGUGUGAUCGAGUCGCCGAAUUUCCCGGACAAGUACGACGGCUACUUGAACUGCAGCUGGACGAUCGAGGCGCCGGUCGGCAACAAGAUCAACCUGACCGUGUCUCAUUUCAACAGCGACGAAUACAUCGUGCCGAACACCACUUGCCAAAAUUUCUUGAACAUUCAGGAGGGCGAGGACAACGUGCCGAACUCGCGGAUCGCUACGAUUUGCAGCCCGGACAUGUCGCAGAAGAAGAUCGCCUCGACGCAGCAUCAGGUGUUCGUCAGCUUCGUGACCGGGCCGCAGCCCGCACCGGUCAGAUUCCGAUUGGAAUGGUUGCUGGAUGGUUGCGGCGGACACCUGACCAGGCCGUUCGACACGUUCACGUCGCCGAACUAUCCGUCCGGCUACCCGACGAACGUCGACUGCGAAUGGCUGAUCGAGGUUGACUACAUGCACAGCAUCGAGCUGACUAUCCACGACAUAAACACCGAAAAGCAGAAGGGUUGCUACUUCGACAAGCUUCAAGUGUACAGCGGCGGGGACGCGAACGCGCCGAGCCUGAUCGAACUCUGCUACUCGGAGAAACCGGUGGUGUACACCAGCUUCGGGAAUAAGAUGUUCUUGAAGUUCCACUCGGACGUGUCGUACGGGGCGCGCGGUUUUAACGCGAGCUACAAGAGCGUGCCGCUCACGUGCGGCGGGAAGUACACGGCCGACUCGGGCGUCAUAUACUCGACCAAUUACCCGCGGAAUUACCCGCACAAGCAGAACUGCGAGUGGCUGUUGCAAGUCAACCCGAACUACCUUGUGAACCUCACCUUCUCGGACUUCGACCUGGAGAACAGCGCGAACUGCACCAACGAUCACGUCAAGAUAUACGACGGACCUACGAAGGACUCGCCCUUGUUGGCGACCCUCUGUCGGAACCAGCUGCCGCCACCUUUCGUUGCCACUAGUAAUGAAAUGUUGGUCGUGAUGAGGACGGACAGCAUUGUCUCGGCGAAGGGAUUCAAGGCGACGUACAGUACAGCUUGCGGAGCUCGUAUAACUGUGAAGGAUCAAGGAUUCCUGAGAGCGGUGUGGUCGCACAUUGAGAUUAUGGGCGAAGAACACUGCACGUGGACGUUGAUCGCUGAAGAUCCAGAGGAUCACAUCACCGUGACGUUCACGCAAAUGGAAGUCAGCCUUGACCUGAUGAACGGUCUUCAAGCGGACGACUGCGCCGUGGCCUACCUGGAAGUGCACGAAGGUCGAAGCAUCGACGGUCCGUCCCUAGGGAAAUGGUGCGACAACGUGCUACCGCUGCCUGUAACGAGCACAGGGAACGCGAUCACGAUACAUUUGUACGCGCUGUUCGAACUCGGAAACUUUGCCAUCAGCUACUCGGUCCUGAAUUCAGCUUGCGGUGGCACCUACACCGCCUACAAAGGAAGGAUCGCCUCGCCGAGCUACCCGAGGAGCUACCCGCUGAAUUCGGAGUGCAUCUGGAUCCUGAAGAACUCGCCGGGUAACAAGCUGAAGCUGAGCUUCACCGAGUUCGAGCUGCAGCAGAGCGAGAACUGCGACCUCGAUUACCUCGAGAUACGCGAGGACACUGGGAGCGGUAAGCUGAUCAGCGUGGCCUGCGGAACCAGCAUCGAGCCGGUCGAAACCUCCGAGACACUGUGGAUCAAGUUCAGAAGCGACGGCGAAGGAGUGGCGAAAGGUUUCGUGGCUGAGUACCAGUUCCUUGGUGGCAACGAGCUGAGAGGACCCUACGGGCGCAUCACGUCGCCCCUUUACCCGCUGUCUUUCAAGAUGAGGGACACCGUCACUUGGCGAAUCACGGUGGACUUCCAAGACUCGAUGAUAAUCGAGAUCAAAGACCUGUUCAUAGAGACCUUUGGCUCUAAUUGCUUGUCGCAUCUUCGCAUCUACGACGGUUACAACAACGAGGCUCCUGUUUUAUUGGACGCCUGCGGCCUGGACAAACCCGAGCCUAUCACGACUACCACCAACGUUGCGUACAUAGAAAUGGUCAUCGAGGUGAUUCGAAUAGGUAGCUGGUUCGAGCUCACCUGGCUCCAGGUGCUGAGGGACGAAGAGUCCACGGAUGUGACGACGACUAUCACGAAUUGUACCGAGGUGAUAAAUAUCGCGGGCACCACAAGCUACGAACUGUCGUCUCCUGGCUGGCCGAACGGAUACGCAGCCAACCUCCAUUGCACCUGGGUGUUCACUUCUCCGCCUGGGACACACUUGGUCCUGAGGAUGCUUAUUUUGGACAUAGAAGAGUCGGACAAUUGCAUAGCGGACUCGCUGUCGGUCUACAACGGCAACGGACUGUACGAUUCGAACAACCUCAGACUGAUCCAAAAGAUGUGCCUCUCGAAUAGCUCGUUUGUCCAGCUGAACGCGGAGAACGUGAUGACGGUGAAGUUCGAGUCGGACUUCUACGCGAACAAGACGGGCUUCAAGGCUUACGUUCGGCGCGAGUGCGGUGGUAAAUUAACUGAUCCGAAUGGAGAGAUCGUGUUGGAUUCUUCGUUUUGGGGAUUGUUGACCCGUAACUGGCACGUCGCGUGCGAGUGGAUUGUCGAAGUGAAGCCUGGCCGAACGAUAGAAGUGGAGAUCAACCCGCCGAUGCAGCAGAACUUGAAUUGCGCCGAGAAUUACGUGAUAUUGAAGAAUGGCGACGCGAUGACGUCCUCCCUACUGGGCAACGGUAAAUAUUGCCUGAACGUUACACCUCCGAUCUUGCACACCACUGGGAAUCGUUUCUACGCGAAGGUGGUCGGCUCUAACGAAGGUGCUCUGCCGAAACUGCGCUUCAAUCUGAAAUACAAGGCAAUCGGUAUGAACUGCGGGGGCGAGUACAUACUGAGAAACGACGACUUGGAAAUCUCGACGCCGAAUUACCCGAACAUACCGCCACCGUUCACCGAGUGCACUUGGACAGUGAUGACUCCGAACAGGGAACGAAUAUCCAUUCAUUUCCUCGACAGAUUCGACUUGAGUUACUCGAUGAACUGUGAGAGGGAGUACGUCGAGAUAAGGGAUGGCGGAACCGACAGUUCGAAUCUCUUGGGAAGAUUCUGCAAGGACGUUGCACCUAACAGCAUGGUUACCACCGGGAACAUGAUGUACAUACACUUCUACACGGAGCUCCAGGAACCUAAAAAUGGCUUCAAGGCAAAGCUCUCCGUCGGAGAGGCCUGCGGUGGAAUCAUUCGCGGCACCGGCCGCCAGAUCGUCUCUCCGAAUUAUCCGUUCUUCUAUAAAAAGAAUCAAACCUGCACCUGGUGGAUAAUCGCACCGGUCGAUCACACGCUUAAGCUGGAAUUCGCCGACAUAGAUCUGCCUUGGACCUACAUGUGCAGUUCCACCGAUUACAUAGUGAUCAGCGACAAAAUCCCGGAGGAUGACACGAACAGUACCGAAAUCGGAAGAUACUGCGGCGACGAGAAGCCUGGUGUCAUCGAAACGAUGACGAACGAGGCGAUCAUUCAGUUUAAGAGCGACAACUUUGAGUUCCGCCACUACAGAGGGUUCAGUUUGAAGUAUUCGUCCAGUCCAGGAAUCUGCGGCGGUGAAUUGACCGCGAUGUCCGGCAUAAUCAAAUCGAAAGGAUAUCCUAACGCUGCCACGCGUCCUAGAUACUGUGAUUGGAGGAUCAAAUUGCCAUUGGGUUACCAAGUGGUCGCGGACAUUUUGGAUUUGGAUAUACCUUCUAUGACCAUGCCUCCUCGAAUGAGCUACUCUUUAUUGUUCUACAACGAUCUGAAGUUCAAGUCCAGGAUCGUGACGCCGAGUCGCAACAUCACUCUGCAACAGAUCAGGAGUUCCAGUAACACCAUGACGAUCGGGUACACGGCGCUGCCCGGAUAUCGCGGGUUCAAGCUUCGCUACUCCGCCGCGGUGCCGGCUCCCUGCGGUGGAGUCGUGAAAGAAGUCAGAGGCAAUCUGUCAGGGCCGACGAUUCCGCCUUUCAACGAAUCAUCCUAUCAUUGCCAGUGGAGCAUGGAGGCGCCUGACAGUUUACUUAACGACGCGAACACCACCGGACUAACGUUCUCCAUUAGGGUGACUGGUGUAUUAGGUGGAAUACGAAGCUACGUGUUGACAAGAGCCUGCCUCAACUACCAGUUCAUCUCCCUGACAGAUGUCGGUAUGAUUUGCGGAAACAUCACGGAACCGAUGUACCUGAGGAGCCCUAAGCUGGUCAACGAGCUGGUCAUCGUGAACGGUACUUACGGGAAACCGAUGAACUACGAUCUCCAGUACCAAUGGCAGCCCUGCGGCGGUACGCUCGAGGGGCCAUCGCACGUAGUCAGUUCGCCGCGGAACAUAUCCUAUCCUGUAAACUGUGUCUGGUACGCCAAUUAUCCUGAUACCGGGGAACUGCUAAAGUUAAGCUUCUCCAGGCUGAACCUGGGCCCCUGCGACAAGACCUACAUCAGCAUCAGGAACGGUGGAUCGCUCUCGCCGGAAAUCCUGAGGUUCUGCGGAAACGUCAAGCCGCAGAACCUAACGAGCGCCUCGAACCGAUUGUGGAUCGAAUACUUCGCGACCGCCGAGCCGAACGAUUUCGAAUUCACGCUGGAGCCGGCGAACAACGGUUGCGGCGGUGCUCUGCACGGCAAGAACAGAUACAUCACGUCUCCCAACUUCCCGAAGCAGUAUCCCAACAACGCGGAAUGCACCUGGGAGAUCAACGCUGACAACGGUUACCACGUGGGUCUGGUCUUCGUCGAGCGUUUCAAUCUAGAAGCUGGCCAAGACUGCAAGAACGAUUACAUAGAGGUGUUCGACUGGGUGCUCGUUCCAGAGACUCCCAAUUACUAUUGGAAAAGUCUGGGAAAAGUUUGCGGUAGGCUAACGCCGCCGCCAUUUAAUUCGACCGAGAACCGCAUGAAAGUCACCUUCCAUUCGAACGACAAGAUCCAGGCGGACGGUUUCAAGGCCGUGUGGCACGAGAAUUGCGGCGGCGUGCUUCACGCUACCAACGAAUCGACAUUUAUCAGAUCCCCGUCCUAUCCGGGCGUGUACAAGCCGAACUUGUUCUGCAACUACACUUUAAUUGCGCCCGAUGGCAAGGAAGUCAUGGUGGAAUUCUUGGACUUCCAGCUGGAACGUAGCCGAAGGGACUGUCGAUUCGACAAUCUGACGAUAACGAAGGAAGGAUUUUACAUGCCGGAAACAGAGGUUUAUUGCGGUGACAACAAACCACCUUCCACUGCCGCCAACAGGUUGGAGAUCGUGUUUAGAACGGACUCCUACAUCCAACGGACUGGCUUCCUCUUCAAAUUCAGUAUAAAAAGUUGCGGCGGAACACUGACGAGGCCCGGAACGAUAGAGCCAUUGAUGCACGACAUCGAGUACUUCCACGACUUGUCCUGCUUUUGGGUGAUCCGCGCGCCAGAGGACAAAAACAUCGUCCUCCGUUUCGAGAAAUUCGUCACGGAAUACACCAGCAGAUGCUACUACGACAGCGUGAGCAUUUAUGAGGGCACGGAAGAAAAUUACGGAAAGAAGAUGGCCGAACUGUGCGGCAAUCUGACCGAACAUCUGCCCGUUUACAAAUCUUCGGGAAACAGCAUGCUCGUCACUUUCUCCUCGGACGCCAGCCGGAGCUACGAGGGCUUCCGUGCCCAGGUAUUGUUCGUGAAAAGCGCCGAAGCUGGCUGCGGUGGCGACGUUAAUAUGACAGAGACGAGAAGUUUGCCAUUCCGGACGCAGAAGGGCUCCACCUACGACAAUCUAGAAGACUGUCACUGGAUCGUGACAACGGAGGAGGGAAAGAACAUUAAGCUGACUCUCAACAGUAUGAACAUUCAGAAGACAAAUAACGAUAGUAAAUGUACCGGUGAUUUUCUAGAGGUCCGCGACGGUCUGAAUCCUUUCUCCCCGCUUCUGGGCAGAUACUGCGGCAACCAGCUGCCAGAACCCGUACUGUCCUCUUCGAACGCACUUUGGAUACGAUUCUCCAGCGAUGGACGCAUACAAGGAACAGGAGCCACCGGAACUCUGGAAACCGUAGACUCGGUCUGCGGUGUCAGCAGUCGGCGAAUACAACGAACAGCACAGGCACUCACUUCUCCUAAUUAUCCGGACUCUUACGGGGCGGGUGUAAACUGUCGGUGGACUUUGUACUCGGGCGUCUUCGAGACCCGGAGGCUGAAGAUAGAGUUUCUGGACUUCGACUUGCCCGAUUCGGCGAAAUGCGACGGUGACUACGUCGAAAUUACGGAUAAAACGAAUCGGAAGUACAUCGACGAGGGCUUCGGAAGUAACUUCGUUUGGGCCGGUUCCGAUGAGAGUUCUCAGUACAUGGAUCAACACUCGCCGUUGACCUCGUACAAGUAUUGCGGCAAAGGAUUACCUCACGACUACUACAGCUACGGCACCGAGGUCGAGGUGAGAUUCAAAGGAAACGUUGCCGGGCACAAAGGCUUCAAGUUCCAGUUUAGCACCGCGUCCUGUGAUCGGAACUACACCUCGGAGCAGGGCAGGAUCGUACACGAAGGAGUGAGCGAUUGCUGGGUCACGAUCACGGCUCCGGUCAAUCACACGAUCUCCUUGUACUUCAACAAAUUAAUGCUCUACGAUCCCGAAGAGUGCGCCGAGACUUACUUGCGGAUUUACGAGGGCAAUUUCGACAAUAAACUGCUGGCGACCUAUUGCGGCAUCGAGACGCCCAGCCCCAUUUUCAGCGUCGGUAACAAGCUCAGCCUGCGCACCAAAUCCGAAUGGCAAAACAGCUACGAAUACUACGACAUCAGUUUCACUACCACAAACGCAGGACGUGGUUGCGGCGGACGACUGUACAAUUACGCGGGAACGUUCACCUCGCCCAUGUACCCGAACGAGUACCGCAACAACACCGUUUGUACUUGGGACGUGAGCGUGCCGCGCGGCCUGAAGGUUGUCCUCGAGUUCAGCGUGUUCGACAUCGGCGACAGCGACGUCUGCGAAAACAAGGCGAACCUCCUGAAGCUCUACGACAUCGGGUCGGACGGAGAACGCAUUCUGGCCAACACUUACUGCGGAGGGGACAAUCCGGCCGCGUUCCAGACCAGCAGCGAACGGGUCCUGGUGGAGUACACGUCGUCCAUGAAUAACAUAGGGACAGGUUGGGUAAUAACUUUCAAGGGACAACCUUAACGAUACCUCGGACCGAUCACCAGCGAAACGGGCACACGGCAAGGAUGAUUUACUGAAAUAUUUAUUCCUCGAAGCGUGUGUCUAUCGUACAUUUCGCGGGAGAGCUGUUAGGCGUGUUUAUACGGUUCCCUUCUUCCAAAGGCUGUUAACGUUAAGAACUUCGUCCACAUCAUCGAGAGAAUCAUUGUUUGUACAUAAAGAGUGUAACAACAUCGGUCCGUGUUUGCGACUCGGCGCGGACAUCGAUCGAAUAAACGAUUGAAAUUUCUUUAAUGCGAAACGCGUCUUAUCCCGAUCAGCUGAUGACCUCGCGAACGAUACGUCAGUCUCUUGCGCGACGACAACAACUGACACACGGCUUACAGAAAAACAUAUACUGGAAAGAUCGAUAUCUUGGCAUCGACCAAACGAGCGAUUACACGGUGAUAGAAUGCGAUACUCGAAGAUGACGCAAGUAUUUACAGGUUGGACCGUCACGCUUGCUCGCAUUCCGCAACGCCGUCCGAUUCUUCGCUGUCGAGUUCGUCCGGUUUCCGACAGCUUCGCGCUUCUUCUCCCGCUUCAACUUCCUCUUCCGCGUUCACGGGGACUUCCUGCUCCUCUUCGGGGACUGCCUCUUCUUCCGCUUGCUCCGGUUCCGGCUUCGCUUCCGGCUUCGCUUCCCGUUUCUUCCUGCUCUUUCCCUCCUGACUCUUGCCACCCUUCUUCUUAUCCUUCUUCGCCGGAAGCUUCGCCUCAGGUUCAACCUCUGCUUCCAGAGGCUCCUCCUCGAGUUCCUCGACCGUUUCCUUCUUCUUCUUCUUCUCCUGCAGCUUCUUCUUGCCCUCCUUCGCCUGCUUCUCGUUCUUUCCUGGCUUCUUACCCUCCACCUUCGGUUUCUUGUUCUCCGCGUCGGCCUGCUCCUCGAGAUCAACCUUGUCCUUCGUCUUUUUCUCCUUCAGGUUCUUCUUCGAAUCCGUCUGAUGAGCAUCCUGCGCCUCCUUCGAAUACUUGCCGGAUUUCUCCUUUUUGCCCUUGCCAACCUCGCCGUUCCUCUUGGGAUCGACGUUCUCCUUCUCCUUCAGCUUCUUAUUCUUCGACUUGUACCCUUUGCCGGAAGAUUCUACGUUCCCCGCGUUACUCUCCGAGUACGCCUCGGCUUCGUUGCCCUCGGACGAGCUGCUCUUUCUCUUCUUCGACUCCUUCGAUUUCCCGUCCCUGCAACAGCGAGAACCGACCGCAAUUAACGGGUUAAACGAAAAAACCGCGUUCCAAAACGCCGGAUAUAACAGGAGAAAACGUCCCCAGGGACCUACGCCGCGACCGACGUGUCAACGGCCUGACCAGCCGAGGAUCGCGAA